AGUAGCAACAGGAAAGUAUAAGAGCUGUAAAGCAGAAGUGGAACUGUGGGUUUAAGCUUGGUAUAUCACUUCCUUGCCAGACAUAACUGUUUGUUUCUAACGUGGCUGUAGUUGGCAUUCUCUCCCAUACCAAGAUACCUUUUGAGUGGCCACAAAUUCUAUUAAAGCAGAAGAAAUAGUGGUGAACCAUAAAAGAGAACCAGUUUCCUCUCUAUUCUGCAAUUUAGAGGAAAAAUUUUCAUCCAAGGACAGAUCAGGUGGUGGACCUAGAUGGGAAACCCAAAUUAUAAUCAAGAGAUUUCUUGGUGAGCAACAGGCACCUUAAAUAUUUUUUGUUUUUUCACAACGUUUAUCUAUUUCAGAAAUACCUCAGGGAAAGUCUCUCCUGUCUCCAGAUCAAUCUGAUCCAGGCAUGGCAGACAGUGCCACAGAGGCUAGAUGACUCUCCGUUGCUUCCAAUCACUGUACUGUUUUUCAACCCUACUCUCUUGACCAAGAAUGAAACUAUUUACAAAUUAAGAUGCCAACAGAUCACGAAGAGCCCUGUGGUCCCAGUCACAAGUCGUUUUGCCUGAAUGGGGGGCUUUGUUAUGUGAUACCUACUAUUCCCAGCCCAUUUUGUAGGUGCAUUGAAAACUAUACAGGAGCUCGUUGUGAAGAAGUUUUUCUCCCAGGCUCCAGCAUCCAAACUAAAAGUAACCUGUUUGAAGCUUUUGUGGCAUUGGCAGUCCUAGUAACACUUAUCAUUGGAGCCUUCUACUUCCUUUGCAGGAAAGGCCACUUUCAGAGAGCCAGUUCAGUCCAGUAUGAUAUCAACCUGGUAGAGACGAGCAGUACCAGUGCCCACCACAGUCAUGAAGAACACUGAAGAAACGUCAAAGUGAACCAAAUCAUUGUUUUUAUUUUACAAAGGCAGAAAAUGAAACACCACUAGGAUUUUCAUUAAGCCAACUCAUACCCAGUUUCUACAAAUGAAAAUCAAGUCAAUCAUCUAAAAUUUCAUGAUUUCUUCCCAUCAAGAGGAUCUGGAGUCUUCUGUUCCCAUUAAAACUGAAUUUAUGGCAGUGCAAACCUGGGCCAGACUGGGUAUAAAAUGACAAAAGCAUGUUUAUAUUCUUAAAAAUUUCUGCAGAUUGCAUAGAAAGUUCUCAGAUUCAUAAAAGUUUAUUUCUAUUGUAAUUCUUUGCAUGUUCACUUUGUUAAAUUUGCAAUAUAAACCAGUUGCACGUCUUUGCUAUCUGGCCUCGUAGGUUGAGGGUUAGGGUUUGCUUUAAGCAAAACUGAGAUAACUGUAAUGUGAACUGGCCUACUAGAUUGCCCACUUUUAUCAGUCUGCAAGGGUGGAUCUAUUUCUAGGUCUUAAUUUCAAGGUUUACUUUCCCUCUUCCUUAGAUUUUACUUGGAUCAAAGGGCAUGGAAAUAUAUUCCUUGCUUAAGCCUUAUACAAAGGAAACUAGCCCCAGAAAUUAUUUUGCUUUGAAAGUAUGUAGAUGAAAUAAGUAUUUUUAAAUGUCUUGAUUAAAUAAAGUAUUCUAUGAUCUGAUCGUCAGCUCAGUAUGUAGGCUAAUGGUACACCUUUACUUCUCUUUUUUAUGCUCACAUUUUUUUUCAUGUGAUCAUUUUCAGUUUCACAGAGGACUACAAUGAUUGUCAUCUCUAGGAAUUUAGUUUGUUUUUAGCUAAUACUCCUUUAAUGCUUCUAAGACAAGCCUUUCAAAAUUGUAAUAAAUGAGUUACACAGAUUUAA